AUGCCGCUCCGGCUGUACCCUGCCUUCCAUGUUCCUGCUGCUGCCUGUGGCCCAGGGAGCGAGACGCACCGUGUCCAUGGCAGUGCAGGACCACGGAAGAACUGUGGAGUUGUUGGCAAAGGGUGUGGCUCCAGUGAAACCAAAGAAAUGCUCAUUUCCCUCCUCAUUUUUUUCACUCGGGCCUUAGUAGCCCCGGAGCUAGUUUCACAGGUGAUGCUGUCCAUCUGGGUGCGUUCUCUUCAAGCUACAUUUGGAGAAUUUGAAUCCAUGAUGAAAAUUGCUCAGCAGAAGCAGGAGGUUACUGAGAAGGCUGUUAAACAAGGGGAGACUGAAAUAAACCGGAUCAGUGAAGUGCUUCAGAAGCUGCAAAAUGAAAUUUUGAAAGACUUGUCUGACGGCAUCCACAUGGUAAAGGAUGCAAGGGAACGAGACUUCACAUCUCUGGAAAACACAGUGGAAGAGAGGCUAACAGAGCUAACCAAGUCUAUAAACGAUAACAUUGCUGUAUUCACUGAAGUCCAGAAAAGGAGCCAAGAUGAAAUCAACAAUAUGAAAGCAAAGGUUAAUUCACUAGAAGAAGUAGAUGUGUACAAACAUGAAAUUAAGGUGCUAAAAGAUGCUUUGGAUGAGAUGCAAGCAUCUAUGAAAACCAAAGAAAAGGACAUAGAGACCCUGAAGAGUACAAUAGACUCCAUGGAGUCUGAUGUGUAUACUGAAGUGAAAGAGCUAGUCAACCUCAAACAAGAACAUGAGAAAUUCAAAGAGGCUGCGGACACUGAACACCUUUCAUUAAAAGCUUUACAAGAGAAAGUUCUAAGAGCUGAGGAUUCUAUUAUGCAGCUUCCUGGUGACAUUAAAAGACUUGAUGAAGAUUUACUGCAAGUUAAAGCAGACCUCCACAAAUGGGAAGAAAACGACCUCUUCAGGAAAGCAUUAGAAACUUUUGGGAAGAACAGUGAAGGACUGGAUUCUCGGUUGAGGCACAUAGAAGACAGCCUGGAGUCUCUAACCUCUGUUGCUGCUCAGAACAGUGAAAAGUUGCAAUCUUUCCUUUCUAAGGAGGCAGAAUACGAGAAUAAGCUCAGUACCCUAGAACAAAGCAUUACUGCUCUUCAGGGGAUCUCAGAUAUGGACAUAACUUCAGUGACAGACGUUCUGAAAAAUCUUGGUGAAACACAGACCUCGCUGUACAAUGAUGUGGAAAACUUGAGGAGAAGCAUCAUUGACCUGCCAUCCUCCGGUGCUCUUCAGGAUGUCCAGAAACAAAUCAGUACUUUGUUGGAUCAAGGAAAUCUUCAGGCGGGUCAAGCACAUUCUCAAAGCUAUCUUGAAAAAUUUUCUUCUGUGGAAGGCUCUGUAGAUGAACUGAGAUCUUCUGUCAGCCAGGUUGAUUCUGAUUUGAAAAUGAUAAGGACUGCAGUGGAUAGUUUAGUCUCCUACUCGGUGAAAAUUGAAAAUAAUGAGAACAACUUGGAGUCUGUGAAGAGCUCAAUAGAUGACCUGAGGAAUGAUCUGGAAAGGUUGUUUGUGAAAGUAGAAAAAAUACAUGAAAAAGUUUAG